AUGAUCUCCCAACGCAACAUCCGAACAUCAGCUCCAUCAUCACCAGAGCUCACAUCAAAUCAUGGCGGCUCCCCUAGGCCCAACAGCCUCCCCCGCCGACCCAGGCUCCCUCCUCCAAACCCCCUCCCACCACGACACCGCGAGAAGACCUCCCCCACAGUAGUCAAAGAAGCGGACAAGUUCACCCACUCCCUCCGCAUCUGGCUCGUCUUCCUCGUCCUCUGCUUCCUCUCCUUCAUCUCCGCCAUCGACGCAACAAUCAUCACCACCUCCCUCCCGACGAUAACCCACUCCCUCAACCACGGCUCCCCGGCUUCCAGUAACGACUACGUCUGGAUAGCCAACACCUACCUCUUCGCCUCCACCGCCCCCUAG